AUGACAGACAAAGUUAUGGACGGUCAGGAGAAAGAUUCAGGGGAUCAAGCGGGUCAAGGUGACCCUAGUGCUCAAAGUCAAUCGGAUAUCAUGCAGGCUCUUGCACGGUUUAUUGAGUUUCAAAUGGGUGCACAAGCAAGCUCAUCAAAUCAGCCACGUAGUACAGUUCAUGAACAGUUUAUGAAACUUCAACCUCCAACAUUCUCUGGUGGUGUGGAACCAUUGGAAGCAGAGGAGUGGUUAAAGAGGAUGGAGUAUAUUUUUGAUGUCAUGAGUGUUUCUGAUGAUCAAAAAGUUACUCUUGCUCCUUUCAUGUUAAAAGAUCAAGCUCGAUUUUGGUGGGAAGCUACUAAAGGAUUGCUCACUACACCAGCAAUUGGGGAACCAGAGCCUUCAGUGCCAAAAAAGGUUACUUGGAAAGAAUUUAUCGCGGCCUUCAAUGAGCAAUACUUUCCUCUGUUGUAUCGAUAUGAUAUGGAGCACGAGUUUUCAAGGUUGAGGCAAGGAAGUAUGUCUGUUGCUGAAUAUGAUGCUAACUUCAUCAAAUUAUCUCGGUUUGCACCAGACUUAAUCCAUACAGAGGAUGCUAAGUGUAGAAGAUUUCAGUUUGGUUUGGAUCCCGACAUUCGAGCUGGAGUUGCUACUCAUGAAGCAAAGAGAUAUUCUGACUUGAUACACAAAUCAAAGAUUUCAGAAAAGAGUGUUAAUGAGAAGAAAGAAAGGCAAGCACAAUAUAGGAAGGGUCGAUUUGAGGCUGGAUCAGCUAGACAAAGUUAUGGAGCGAGUGGGCAUGUGGCACGAGAUUGUAAGGGAAAACAACAAGAGAGAUGUUAUCGUUGCAAUCAAUCUGGGCAUAAGAUUUGUGAUUGUCCUGUGACAUCUGUUGCUUCUCAAUCGGUGGGUAGUGUGGCUGGUGGCAGUACAGCUUCAUCUAGGACUCCUCAGAGAGGUGGAGGAUCUUCCAGUGGACCUCGCACUUAG